AUACAGUCAGCAUGAGCACACGUCUCAUUGUGAGAAACAGAGAGCUCGAGACGUGUAACGAAGAAACGUAUAUACCCCCCAACGCAUUCACGCAGAUUGUCCCAACGAAUCUCUCCUACUCCUGUUUAGUGAUAGCGUAAAGACUGUAGUGUUCACAUCACUCAUAAUAAAGACGGAAUUAUAACUAAAACCAAAUUCUCUUCUGUUUAUUCAAUGGGCAAAACUGAGAUUUAGAAACGUAAAAUUCGUUUUCGUACUAAACUAGAUGAAGACAUUUGAGAUUCAAUGAUUCUGCUUGGAAAAAUAUUUCAAAUAAAAGAAAAUAUAUAUUUUUUUUUUACGUGCGGGAAUCUGAGCAUAUUUGUGAAUAUUGGUGAUUGUAUUUUGACGGAUAUUGGUUCUUUUAUUUUAAAGCACUUGUGUUAAAUAGAGGGAGAUCUUCACGGCGCAAAAAUGUGUCAGUGAUCUAUUACAGUGAAAAUUUGACAUUUAGGGAAUGUAAAAACUGGAAAAUUAUAGUGGAGGCAUACCCCUCGUAAUUUCGCUCGGGAUAUAUUGAAAUAUUCAAAUUUUGCUAUCGCUACGUGAUUGUAUGAAUGUGGACACAGGUUGCCAAGUGUAUUUCAGAGAAUUCAGUACUCUCAAAUAGGAAAUAACGGGAAUUUAAUUUUUUUUAUAUAAUUGUUGAUUGCUUCAAUACUUAUCCUGCAGUGUAUUCUAUACUUUUAGUUUUGCGAGUAAAUUGGAAAGAUCUUCAUAACUAUUUUUUUCUUAUUGAAUUCGAUUGGUGAGAUUUAUAUCAACGAUGGGUGGAUGCACAUCUAAGGAUACCGCUUCGAGCGAUGAUAAGAAGAAUACAAUGGUUGACCAAGCAGUGUUGGACAAGCUCGAGGCUGGUUACACUAAGCUCGCUGCAUCUGAUAGCAAGUCUCUCUUGAAGAAGCAUCUUUCCAAGGAAAUUUUUGAUGCCCUAAAAACGAAGAAAACUUCGUUUGGAUCCACUCUUCUUGAUUGCAUUCAAUCUGGUGUUGAGAAUCUCGAUUCUGGAUUUGGCAUUUAUGCUCCAGACGCUGAGGCUUACAAUGUUUUCGCUGAUAUCUUUGAUCCAAUGAUUGAGGAGUAUCAUGGUGGAUUUAAAAAGACUGAUAAGCAUCCACCCAAGGACUUCGGUGAUGUUGAUACGCUUGGCAAUCUUGAUCCAACGGGCGAGUAUAUCGUAUCAACUCGCGUAAGGUGUGGUCGCUCCUUGGACGGCUAUCCCUUCAAUCCUUGCUUAACUGAGGCCCAGUACAAGGAGAUGGAAGAUAAGGUCUCUAGCACUCUGUCUGGUCUCGAGAAUGAACUCAAGGGUACAUUCUAUCCACUCACGGGCAUGAGCAAAGAAGUUCAGCAAAAGCUUAUUGAUGAUCACUUCCUAUUCAAGGAAGGUGAUCGUUUCCUUCAAGCGGCCAACGCCUGUCGCUUCUGGCCGACUGGCCGUGGUAUUUUUCACAAUGAUGCCAAAACAUUUCUUGUUUGGUGCAAUGAGGAGGAUCAUCUUCGCAUUAUUUCUAUGCAGAUGGGUGGUGAUCUCGGACAGGUGUAUCGUCGUCUCGUAACUGCAGUCAACGACAUUGAGAAACGUCUACCUUUCUCCCAUGAUGAUCGUCUCGGUUUCCUCACAUUCUGUCCCACUAACUUGGGUACAACGGUUCGGGCUUCAGUGCAUAUCAAAGUCCCCAAAUUGGCAGCCAAUAAAGCCAAACUCGAGGAAGUCGCUGCUAAAUUUAAUCUCCAAGUCCGUGGUACUCGUGGUGAACACACUGAGGCCGAGGGUGGUAUCUAUGACAUCUCGAACAAACGCCGUCUUGGGCUUACUGAAUACCAGGCAGUCAGGGAGAUGCACGAUGGCAUCGCCGAACUCAUCAAGAUCGAGAAAGAACUCUAAACCUAUCAAUGGUCCCUGCUCUUUGCCUAAAAUCAUUCCCCAUCCCUCUUUUUCCAUGUGCCCAUUUUGAAUGAGAAGUAAUAAGAUAAGAUGGAGCAUCAAAGAUAAGACGUCAACAAUCUUCAGCCCUUUUUUCUCCUAAAAAAAUGGUCCCACCUUUUUGAGAGAGGAAGAAUAAAAAAAAUUGAAUCAAACAUCAAGCAUUUUUAGUAGUGAACGAGCCUGUCCGGUAAACCAAGAAGAGGAAAACAUUCUUCUUACUCCAACGGCGACUCGAACUCGUCUUAUUAAAUUGAUUUUUCCUCAUUUUAAUGAAUUUCCGUGUUACAUUUGGAACAACUCUUGUUCGUCUAUCGCACUAUUGAACACAAACAGAAUGAAGAAAACAAAUGGAAAACAAAUUCACUCGCGUAGCUCAAUACGAAAUGGGCAUUUUUUGUUUUAUUUUAUUUUAUUUUUUCAUUUUCAAGGAAAAUUUGUCCGCAGUAUAUUUCCUCUUUUCUUGGACGAAAUCGUUGAAUAAUCACUAUGGUACGAUUGCAUCGUUGCUUCAAUAUCGUUAUAAUUUCCUGGUAUUAAAUAAGGAUUGAGUUUAUUAUGGGGGAAUGUGUUUUCGUCAUUUUCCCCUCACCCUCUGCUUAUAUGUGAAGAAAGCAACUGUGAUACAUAAGUAGUUGCGAAAUUGUACGAUCCCUUCAUGAAAAAGAAAAGGGUCCAUCAGGGAUUUUGAGAUAGUUUGCUUCGACGUUAAGAUUAUUCGUAUUUCCCUCCCUCCGUACCAGGCAGAGCAGCCAUUUUUGUUUCUUUUGCCAUAAAACCAUUUUAGAAUCAUCUGAAAUUGGAGGCAUACAUAAGCGAAUUAGAUGAAAUAAAUUCUCAGUAACACUAAGAAAAACCAGAUGUAUCGAAUGCAAAUUUAGAAAAUGAAAAAACAUGAAUAAAAGAUAUUACACCAUGA